CUGCUGGUUACUCACUUCACUCUGCUCUAAUAGUUUAAGUGUUUGGAGUUCACAUUAACAUGGCUUCUAACUCCAGUAUAUCGAGCAUGAGGAGACUGGUGGAGCAGCUCAAGUUGGAGGCCAGUGUGGAGAGGAUCAAGGUGUCUCAAGCAGCUGCAGAGCUACAGCAGUACUGUUUACAGAACGCAGGCAAAGAUGCUUUGCUGGUGGGGGUCCCCACAGGCAGUAACCCCUUCAGAGAGCCCCGUUCAUGCUCCAUCGUGUGAUGUCCGUGUGUUUACAGCACAAGAUAUAGAAAGAAGAGUAUGACCACGUGGAGCGCAGCAGAUGUGUUUUAUACUGAAUGUUUUGUAGAAAAUCUGUUUUGUACUGUUAUUUUUGUAUUAAAUUACACUGUGAAAA